AUGGCCAUGUUUGACGCCAUCGACCUGCUCUUGCGCUACGAGACGCCGCUCGUCAAGGACAUGGAGCCAGGCGACGACGUCCUCGAGUGGGUCGCCGCCUACGUCGGGAGCGAAGACUUUCAAGAAGCGAUCGACAAUUUCUGUGGCGCCCACGCGAGCCACUUCUCCAUUCUCCUCACAAAGGGAGGACCCUGUGCGGCCGACCUGGACAAGGUCGAACUGUCGUGGAAGGAGCUGCACGAGGCUUUUAUCGACACGGCAAAUGCCCACAUUGAGGCGUUUCUGGCGGCGAGAGGCUUUACGAUGGAGCAAUACUGCACGCGGUGCGACGAGGAGAUUGCGCUCUCCGAGGAGCGGCAGCGACACACGAGACUGAGCUUUUUCGUGCAGAUCUUGCUCUCUUGCUGCGAGUACGAGCAGUUUCUGAAUCUGAUGAAACGCGUGGCGGACCCCGAGUACUAUGACAAGAAGGAGCUGCAGCUCGAGGCUGAGAACGUGGUGUACAAGGCAGGCGAGAAGGGAGAUGUGAAUGCAGCGAGAACUGCUGGCGCACAGGCGUUUUUAGACUUUUUCCAGGCCAAUCCGGACGUGACGCUGGAUGAGCUGACGCAGGAAUUCCAAAAGAAGAUGCAGCUGACGUGA